UGUUUUGCGUUUUUCUUCACAAAAAGAAUUAAUUCGCCCCCCCACACACGCACUGUCCACUAUAAUACCCACCCUCUCUCCACUACUCAAAUGUGUAACGCCAUUAUUUUGUAACUUGUCCAUUUUUCCACACACAGAGAGAAAGAGGAAAAGAAAAUGGUUUCUUUAUCGAGUCUGUUUGUGUCCAUCUUAUGUCUGCUCACCGUUUCAUCUCCGGCUGAAGCUUCCUUCAGUUGCACCUCACCCGGAACUUGUGACGCCAUUAUUGACUAUACCUUACCCAACGCCACUACCUUUAACGCCGUCAAGAAACUCUUCAACGUAAAGAACCUCCGUUCCCUUCUGGGCGUCAACAAUCUCCCUGUCAAUACCCCUGCGGAUGAGAAAUUACCCGCCAAUCAAACCAUCAAAAUCCCCUUUCCUUGUCUCUGUAGAAACGGUACCGGAAUAGCCAACAAACGCCCCAUUUACACCGUCGUCGCCGGCGACUUCCUAUCGCACAUAGUUACCGACAUCUUCGCCGGUUUAUUCACUGUUGAGGAACUUCAAAGGGUUAACAAUAUAUCUAACCCCAAUUUGAUACAACCCGGGGAUAAAUUGUGGAUCCCACUUCCUUGCAGCUGCGACGACGUUGACGGUGAAAAAGUUGUUCAUUAUGGUCGAUUGGUGAGCAGUGGCAACAGUAUUGAGGCUAUUGCUCAGCAGUACAAUGUUUCCCAGGAAACCCUUUUGAGGUUGAAUGGUUUAGCAAGUCCCAGAGAACUUUUAGCUGGCGCUGUUCUUGACGUUCCCCUUAAAGCUUGCCAAUCAAGGGUGAGCAAUGCCUCACUGGACUAUCCCUUGCUAGUGCCAAAUGACACAUAUGUCUUCACUGCUGCCAAUUGUGUAACGUGCAAGUGUGAUGCUGCCAGCAACUGGACGUUGCAAUGCCAACCAUCCCAGAUAAAGUCAUCUCUUUGGAAGACAUGCCCCUCAAUGCAGUGCCAAGGUUUAGAUAACUUGUACAUUGGGAAUGUCACAGAUUGUAAUUCCACAUCUUGUGCUUAUGCUGGUUACAGCAACCAGACCAUUUUCACCGCAAACACUCAGUUAACCUGCCCUGCCUCUGACAAUAGCGCUUUCGGAAUGAGGCCAGGGACAUGGAUAUGGAAUGUCAUCCUCGUUGCUGUCUCCUCCAUGGUUAUAGUUUUUUAGGUUUACAAGUAGUCAUCCACGAACAUGAUGAUUUCUUUCUUUUCCCACUUGUUUCCAGAUGAUACUCCAUUUCUUUUGGUGAAUGCAAUUUGUCUGUUUGAUUUCUCAUCUA